AUGGAACCUCCAGCGUACGACGAAGUCGUGCAUGAGAACGACAUUUGGGAUGGCGAUACCAAAACGAAACACCAUAUGAGCAUCAGAGAUGAAGUUGGUGCUUCGCGGUCGCAACAUGUGGCAGUUUUGGUGUCCAAAUUGAUGCCCCAGAUACGAGAGCGUGCGAAGCAUGGAUUAUCGAAUUCAACUUUGUUGAUUCUGCCGUCAGACCAAGCGGGGACUAGCAGGAGAGGGGAGCUCGUAGGCUUCUCCGACGACGACUUGCCAAUCGUGAUUCAGCUAGACGGCCAGCAUGACGGAUCACAGUUCUGGUCGCAGGAUGAAGCACUCUCACUGCUGAAAGACCAGAUGUUGACCGAGCUAGGAGGGAGUCCGGCAACGCAUCCCAUACGCGAGACACUUCCUGAAAGACCGAGUGAGCAGCCAAAGCCGUCAUUUUGGGGUCGAAAGUCGAAUAAGCCCAUAGCAGGGAAGCCAGUGACGGUUGCGCCUCCACCACCGGUGACGGUUGAGGUGGAAAUGGACCAAGUCAACUUCCGGACGGAGACUGAAUUCGGUCUGUACGAGACCAUGCGUGGAAGAGGUGUCCUGAUGAAGGUGUACAUCCGAUAG